GGCCUCUGUCAGCCUUCACGCUGAGCAGGAGCCUGGAUAUUACAAACCCUCCACAGCAGCGCGAUUUUACUCUGGCUCGCCUGAAGUUUUCCCACAGAUAAGAGGGAAAGGGGUGGGGAAGAAAGAUUGCCCCGAGGACACUUCUCUCUUGCAGGACAUGGAGAACAGGCCAACAGAGACCAAUUCAGAGGUGGACAAGUCGGCAACCCCAUCAGUGGCUGAGCUAGCAGGGAAAUUCAAAGAGCAAGCAGCCAGUAUCACUGGAAAAGAGGAACCCUCACAUAAGCCAACCCGGAGGAAACCACCAUGCUCCCUUCCACUGUAUUCCCCCAAGACCGAGACAAGCCAUAAUGAUGAGCAAAAGCCGUCUCCAAAUGCUUGCCCCAUGCCCAAGGUCAAGGUGAAAAGCUCCCCCAUGAUUGAAAAGCUGCAGGCCAAUCUGGCUUUUGCUCCAGCUGCCCUGUUGCCGGGAGCAUCUCCGAAAAGCCCGGGUAUGAAAGUCAUGGUUUCUCCGUUCAGCACCCCACCCUCAACCCCCAGCAGCCCCGGCAUCCAGUCCCAACCCAGUGAACCCAAAGAGACGCCAGUCAGCUUUGAUCAACCCCCAGAAGGCACUCAGCUGCAAUUCUAUAACAAGGUGCGGACACGGGGAUCAAUAAAGCGUAGGCCUCCCUCCAGGAGAUUCAGAAGAUCUUUGUCAGAACAUGGAGACGGGGAAGAUUUAGGGGUCAACAUCUCUUCUCCAGAAAAUGGUGCCAAAGAAGAUGGGGAUGAGGUGUUUGGGCCCAAGGGCAAGACAGAGGAGGCAGAGACAGAGAGCAAAGCACUAAAGAAACAGUCACGGUCUGAUGAGAAGCCCCCAUCAAGGAGAGGAUCCAGCAGAUCAGAAAAUGAAGAAAGAGGGGAAAAACAUGCAGAGGAAAUGACUCCUUGCAAGAAUAACACAGGGGAUACAGAGGAGGAGGUGAGUCAUACUUUGGGGGAGGAGAAUACUCCCCAGCCUCCCUCUGGAGAUAAGGAAGAGAAGGUGUGCAAGGGUCCGCAGGGAGAAAGGGAGGAAGGCAGUGCCUGUGAACAGGAAAAAGGUGACAAGAAGAAGGAAGAAGCUGAGAAGGAGGAGACCAGUGAGAGCACAGCCACACAGGGAACAUCAGACACUGAAGAAACACUACUGGCACCUGAGAUACUGCAGGCAGCAGUGGGCUCGGAGACCGCCAGUGAGUCUUCAACAACAGCUACACAGGACCAGAGCACAGAGCAACUGUGAUGCACAGGACAUAACCAGUCAGGACAGAGGAGACAACGCAUGAAUAGGAGCCAUCUAACCCAAUCAACGUGGAAGCUACUGGAAAACUGUCUGUGGCAGGAGAGGAGCAGAAUACAGAUAUCCUCCAAGGUCCAGAAGCAUCCCAGAGCUGAGUGACUAGUCGCUGGCCCUUUGCUCUCACACCGUCAUCUUCUAUUACAGUCAGAGUGAGAGACUGGCUUAUAAUCGCUUCAGAGUUCAAUAUGGAGAUGCUGGCUGACCUUUCUUAGGGGAUAUUCAGGGACUAAGAGACCUGAUACAUGGUGUCCUGGCUGGGCCCAACAGCCACCACCACUUCUGGGCCCUCUGUUCCUCAGUCCUGCUGAGCUCCAAAAUGUCAUUUUCUUCUCCCCUGCUUUGGUCUUAGAUGUAAGUUCACCAGUGUAGGACACACUUAUAUGUGUACAUAUAUAUAUACACACACACACACUCAUGUAUAGGUGUGUGUGUAUGUAUGUAUAUAUUUUUAUAUGUAUGGUGCCUUUUCAGUAGCUUCUUUAGAAAAAUUUUGAGUUUUCAAAUUUAACUAAAUAAUGUUUUAACAGCAGGGAAAAAGUAUAUUUUCUCCACAUAUGCUAUGUGGCAUACAAUGUGAAUCCUAAAUAGGGAGAAACUCUUUGAAAAUUGAUUAUAAAGCAUAAAAUCUGUUUGGAGUAGGGAGUUGAGCUGGAUAAUCUGUGUCUGUAACACCCACCCAUUGUGGGCAAUUUUUCUUUAUGCUUCAACUUUGGGGUGGUUUUAGUACUGGUGGAAAAUAACAACCAACAGACCUGAUCCACCGAAAAGAUGUGUAGAUCAAUAGGGUAAGUUUUCUUCACUCAGCCCUGUGCUCUAGUCGUGAUUUAGAAGGGCCACUUGUCCACCAGUCUUUCCAGACUUCCAGACCCUAUCCAAUCUUUUGAUUCUCUUUCGAAACUUCCAGCAUGGGGCCUGUUAGUGCCAUUUGUGAUAGAAGGCAGCCCGGCUUACUCAUUAAUUUUAUGCAAGUCAAUGAAAACGUCUUAGAUGGCCGAGUUUCAAGUCAUACGGCCUGACUGAACAUAAAUUGCUGAAGCACAGAUAGCAAGUCCCUGCUAAGUACUUAGAAUUGGCAUUGUACUUGAUUUGCCCCCUCUCUUGGAAUAGUAGUUAAUUCACGGGACUAGCAGUGGCUGAGCCAAAAAAACUUUUACGUCUAGAGAGUAUUUGUUGCUCCUAUGAAGUAAGUUACAUAGGGGAAGACAAACAACAGACAACAGACUCUUACCUGACUGCUUUCCUGAGAGCAGUGUUUGAGGCUGCAUCUGUAAUACUGAAUAAAAAGCAGCUCUGGCUCAAAGCCAGGGGGCCACACUGCUUAGGUAUAGGCCUCUCUAGAGCAUAUAUAUUACCUUGGAGACAGCUAACCAGAACUGUCAAAAACUGAGCCAAGGACUCCACUAACAGUUACGUGGUGUGGAUGGUUAAGGGCCAAUGCUUACACCUGCUGCCAGCCACCUAUUAUUUAGCAAUAUAGAUGCAGCUACAGAGACCAAAGACAAAACUUGCCAACUCCUUGUCAUCUUUCACAAAAUCCCUCCUAGCAAACAUGUAGCUAAGCAGUGUAGGAAGCCUGUGUUGUUCCUGUGCUGUGGACAGGCACAGGCACAGGCACGUUACACACCACAUCCAUCCUUGACUGGGCUCUGAAAUACAGCAGUAUUACAAAGCAUCACCCAUAGUUUUGAGGGAUGUCUGUUCACCAGCACUAAAAUCACAAGGAAAGAAAUGGUUCUGUGCCCUGCCUUUCUCUUGAGAGCACUAAGGUCUCGUUCGUUGAGAGCCAGCAGUGUUACCCCUUAUCCGUAGAACAGGCUUUUUGGCAAACAUGACCCCCACAUCCUUUUGAGCCAUGUUGUGGAGUAUUGUUGCCUUUGAAUCUAUUUUAAUCUGUUUGUUAGAGCUUGUAUUCCAGGGCAGGCUGCAAUUAUUCACUGUAACCUGUUUCUUCUCUCAGCAGAAUGUCCCAUCUGGAUGUGAGUGAUUGUGCCUUACUGUAUAUAUAGAAAUAUGUGUGUGCCUGUUUAGAGAAUGUGUAUGUGUGUCCCAAGCAAGGGAGUGGAAAUCUGAGGGAGAAACAGAAAAAAUAAAUGGCAGAGUAAAAACAAAGAACUAAAAUCUCUGCGUUUCCUCCUGGAGAGAUGAGGGAGCCUGAAGGGGGAUGGAGAGAGCUGAGAGCAGCAGGCAAAACGGGCGAGGGAUUUCCACUGCCAUUGGAACAGUAUAACGUUCAGUUGUAAUUUAAUUUGCAGUAUUUUUCACUUCUCGGGAACAACAGAAACUAACGUGUUUAAUCCCCAAAGAAGGGUGUUUGCUGGGGCAAGCACUAACACUGAGGGCUGCCACGCUCCCUGCCCCAGCUCUGCGGAUACCUAAGCACAGAAGAGAGCAAAGCUCUGUGCAGCUUAACGCCGUUUCUCCAAGAGCAUUUGUUGUUCAGGGGAAGCAUAAAAGAACAAGGCAACACACAGUGAUCCCUCCUGUGAGAUUUCCCCCCUUCUGGCCAUCAACGGUUUGGAGGCUUUCUGAGCCAGAAGUUACAUCACCGUCUUUAACAGCUUCACAAGUUGCUGGAAAAAAAAGGACACCUGUUGCUCAGCUGAAGGCAUCCAUGAUCUCCUACAGCUCAGUCCGCAUACAAACCUCACCGCAUCUGCAGGGCUAGCGAGAGCAAUUUUAGAGAAAAAGUCUUUGGCCACCAUUAGCAUCACGACACUGCAAAAGCAGAGGGUACCUGCGGGCGUGUAUCGCUGUCCCAUCCACACUACCAGAAAACGUAGGCUCAGGCCCAUAAAUGGUAGCGUGGUCUUUUAUCCACAGGGUGUGCGGAGUCAAGAAGUUUUGAUGACAAUAUAAGACUGCAGCUUGGCUUGAUGUAUAGGGUGGGGGCGCUUACUCAGGCCCGCAGAUAUCCCUCAGAUCCCUUAGGCAGCUGUAAGCUCAGGUGUUAAAGAUACUAAUGGUGAAACUGGCAAAUGGCCCGAGCAAGAAGAUUCUAGUAUCAUUUUUGUAAUAGCUUUGGUGUGGAGGGUACCUGAAAGAUUUGGAAAAAAAAAAAAAAGUGCAAACCUUCUUGCCCAGA